AUUGUAACCGUAGAUGGCAAGCUAGUUUGAACUGUGCACCAUAUGCUGAAUCUGACACGUCCGUGCUAGUUGGUAAACACGUAACGACAUGACAUCACGUUGUGCUGGCCUAUAAAAGUCGAGGAAAGACAGCAGAACAAAUUAUUCACUGUACGUUGGUGGAAAAGUCAUUAUUACGACCACCGACAGACAGACGUUAAACCAUGGAAGCAGUCGCCAGACACGAUUUCACUGCUACGGCGGAAGAUGAGAUGAGCUUCACAAAAGGUUCAAUUCUAAAGGUGCUAAAUACAGACGCUUCACAGUGGUAUAAUGCUGAGCUGGACGGACGAGAAGGUUUGAUUCCGAAAAAUUAUAUCGAAAUGAAACCCCACGAAUGGUUUCAUGGUAAAAUUAGCAGAGAAAAAGCAGAAGAACUACUACAACUACAAUCAUAUGAUGGUGCUUUUUUAAUUCGAGAAAGUGAGAGUACACCAGGGGACUUUUCACUGUCUGUUAAAUUUAAAGAUGGAGUACAGAAUUUUAAGAUACUUCGUGACGGUGCUGGCAAAUACUUCCUUUGGGUGGUGAAGUUCAACUCGCUCAAUCAAUUAGUGGAUUAUCACAGAACUUCGUCGGUCAGUAGAAGCGAGCAAAUCUUUCUUAAAGAUAAGCAGGAACAAAAUACGGUGCAAGCAUUGUUUGACUUCAACCCCCAGGAAGAAGGAGAGUUGAAAUUCCGUCGAGGAGAUAUUAUCACUGUACUUGAUAAGCCAGAUUCGAAUUGGUGGAGAGGAGAGAUUAACGGUGUAACAGGAACAUUUCCAAGUAAUUAUGUCAAAUAGGGUAGCAAUAACAAUAAUCAAGCAAUAUUAAUAUGUCUUUAAUCAGCUUGAAUUGAAUUGCCGUCCAUUGAAAUAACUUUCUCCAAUUUGGGGACAAAUACAGCGGAACUAUUAGUAACCAAACAAAGCAAAUAUGUAUCUCUCAUAUGUUUAAAUAAACUGUAGUAUUAUAACAUACAAAUUGUGGAUAUUUAGAAUA